AUGGUAAACAAUACACAGGACGUCGUGCUGCGGGGCUCCAAUGAUGUGUUUCCCAACACACUAUUUGCCUUGAACAAUCGAACGCUGAAAAUCUCCACCGUGCAGUGGUAUCCUUUCGUUACGCUGUCAGCAAACGGCUACGAAGGACUGUGUAUGGACAUGUUGAAACUGAUGGAAACCGUUAUGAAUUUUACAGCAGAGAUUAUAGAGCCUAAAGACGGAGAAUGGGGAAAACCAUUGAGAAAUGAUUCCACGUUAUUUACUGGACUGGUCGGACAACUUCAAAGACAGGAGGUGGACAUGGUGGUGGCUCCGCUGGCAAUGGAUGGCGAAAGGGAUAAUGUCAUUGACUUCGCAUACCCGUUCUUCACCGAUUACACAACAGUGGUAUUUAAACGACAGGACCCUAAUAGCUCCAAGUGGCUCACUUUGAUACGCCCGUUUAAGUGGCAGGUACAUCUGACCAUCUGGAUUUCCAUGAUUAGCGUAGCAAUACUCAUUACGAUACUGGAGCGGCGGAACCCUUACUAUCAGGCCAACUCACAGAAAAGUGCAUUUGACAAUUUCAUCGAUUCCAUCUGUUAUUUGUUCGGCUCUCUUCUGACACAAGGCGGCGAGGAGCUGCCUACGUCCACAACUGGACUCACCCUCGUUAGCUUCUGGCUGAUGUUUUCUGUGAUCGUGGCCUCGACCUACAGCGGUAACCUCAUCGCUUUCCUGACGGUCAACUUAGAUACGCUUCCGUUCGAUUCCCUGCAGAGUAUGCUCGAUCAGAAUGGGUAUAAGUAUGGCACAGUAGGAACCAUUGCGCAUAAAACAAGAUUAGGGACAUCUCACGACCCAGUUAAACAGAGAAUCUGGGAGCAAAUCAAGAGCUUCAACAAAUCUGACCCCAGCGUUCUGUCCCCCAGAGUUGACUAUCAUCGAGACAAGGUAUCCAAAGGGGAUUACGCCUUCUUUGGCGACAAGUCCAGAAUUGAUAUCUGGGCUAACAAGGACUGUGAGCUGAGAACCAUCAAAGAGAAGUUCUUCCCAGUGCAGUAUGCAGUGGGUCUGGUAAAGAACUCUUCAUACAGGACUCUAGUUUCCAGAGC